UUGACCGCAAUCUACCCAGCCAAGAACCUCCCUAACCAAGUGGAGAAAGUGUUAAACCAAAGUUUCGACCACAUUAAACACAGAGUGGCUUCACUACACGCUCAUCUAUUGCACUGCUUUCUCUACAUACUGCGUUUUAGACCUGGAUCGGAUUCAUACGCCUAUGACAACCCAUGGCCAAAACUCAAUGGUGGUCGACUUGAUUGGCUCUUUGGAGACGGCUGGAGGCGCCCAUUGGCAAAAGAUCAGGGAGCAAAAAUGCGUCGAGAAUGGAUUUGGUUCGGACAGGUUGCCCAUGAUGAACACAAAGAUUGGUUGAGCUUUCAUCAGGGCGCAUUUCUACUGUUCACCAUGUUAACUACCUGGUUUACCUGCUGGAUCGUAUUUGCUCGUCCUGAUUGGCCAAUGGGUCGUGAAUGGGCACUUCGUGAAGCACACUUGGAAAUUGCUCGUAGAGAAAAAGCUGGACUUCCCCUCAUCAGCCCUGAUCUUGUCCCAAGAGAACGAGUUCUUGCAAGUCUACCGACAGAUGAAGAACUACGCGACUUUGACGUCCUUAUUUAA